AUGCCUGGGAGACCGGCCUCGCGCCUGCGCCAGGGUCUGGAUAACGAAGUUUACCAGGCUGUGACUCAUUUGCUACAGGACCCCCUGAAUAGACCUGAUGUGCGCAGCCUAUAUCAAGCCAUUCAGCGCUCGAAUUCCAGUCUGAAACGCAAGCCGAAGCGAUCCCUCGAAGACAGUCUCGAACGCAUCCUUGAUACCCUGGAAGACGACGCGCAGGAAGACGAAGAAGCUGAAGCCGAUACACUAGCAGCAAGAGAAGAGGAACCAAACAUCAUGAAUAAGAGCAUCACUGGUUCCUGGAAGAUUGCCACUCCUACAACUGCCUCUGGCACCCCUGCUGUGAACGGCGCAGAGACCAAGAAAAGAGAGCCUAACGGAGAACCCGUGAAGAAACGCCUAAAGCGUGAAAAGAAUGAGGAGAUCGACCGGUCUCCGCCUACCGGCAUUGCCCUCGAGGACUUGGGUGGUGUCAACGAUGUCAAGCGCCAGCUCAUGAACCUCCUCACUCUGCCUCUGCUUCGCCCUCAACGCUACGCCGAUCUGAACGUCCCCCUUCCUCGCGGUAUUCUUCUCCACGGUCCUCCUGGAUGCGGUAAAUCCAUGCUGGCAAGAGCAAGUGCUGCAAAGCUCGGCGUUCCUUUCAUCGAAAUCGCAGGCCCAUCAGUCGUUUCCANNGGCAUGUCGGGCGAGUCUGAAAAACAAAUUCGCGAUCGCUUCGAUGAAGCCCGCAAACACGCUCCUUGUCUGAUCUUCAUUGACGAGAUCGAUGUCAUUGCCCCAAAGCGUGAAAGCUCGCAGAGUCAGAUGGAGAAGCGUAUUGUCGCCCAGCUCUUGAUCAGCAUGGACAGCUUAGCUUUGGACAACAAAGAGAACAACGGCAAGCCCGUGAUCGUACUCGCUGCCACUAACAGACCAGACACCAUCGAUUCCGCCUUGCGACGAGGUGGUCGUUUCGAUACCGAAAUCAACAUGGGCGUGCCCAACGAACCCAUGAGAGAGAAGAUUCUGCGCACACAGACAAGAAACACACCCAUCUCGGGCGACGUCGAUUUCCCAAGACUUGCAAAGAUGACCCCUGGUUUCGUGGGCGCUGAUCUGAGAGAUCUAGUAGGCAAGGCUGCUACUUGGGCCAUGGAUCGCUACCAGGACGCCUUGAUCAAGCAGGUAGAAGCAACAACGGACGGAAUGGAGCUUGACGACAAUUCAGAACCGAAUGUUGACGAACUCUGGGACCGCUUAGUCAUCCGUGCAAGGAACACCGAGAUGGAAGAGCCCGAAGGCUUCGAGCAGACAAUCAUUCCUAUGGAAGCUUUCCUGACUGUCCUGCCCACAAUCACACCCUCUUCCAAGCGUGAAGGUUUCGCAACGAUACCGGACACUACCUGGGAAGACAUUGGUGCACUCACAAGCGUCAGAGAGGAGCUUCAGACUGCCAUUGUGGAACCCAUCAAAUCCCCCGAUUUGUAUGCUGCUGUUGGUAUCUCUGCGCCUACUGGUGUCUUGCUCUGGGGUCCUCCUGGUUGUGGUAAGACAUUGCUUGCUAAAGCAGUCGCCGCCGAGUCAAAGGCCAACUUCAUCAGUGUUAAGGGUCCAGAACUCCUCAACAAGUACGUUGGAGAAUCAGAACGUGCAGUGCGUACGCUCUUCAACCGCGCUCGCUCUUCUGCACCUUGUGUCAUCUUCUUCGAUGAACUCGAUGCCCUUGUGCCUCGUCGUGAUGACUCGCUCUCCGAAGCAUCUGCACGUGUUGUCAACACUUUGCUCACUGAGCUUGACGGUCUGUCUCACCGCGCUGGUAUCUAUGUCAUUGCAGCAACCAACAGACCUGACAUCAUUGACGAGGCUAUGAUGCGCCCUGGCCGCCUUGAGACCAAGAUUUACGUUGGCCUACCUGGUACUGAAGAGCGUGUCGAGAUUCUCAGAGCCCUGAUCCAGUCCAGAGCUAAGGACGGCAGAGCUGGCGUCUGGCCCGCAGGUAUUGAGGAGAUCGCUCGUGAUGAGAAGUGCAGUGGUUACUCUGGUGCUGAUCUCGAGUCACUUCUACGACAAGCCGGUCAGCACUGUUUGAAACGCAAGGACAGCAAGGUAGCUCAAGAAGACUUCGAGUACGCUAUCAGCGUCGUACACAAGAGUGUUGGAAGUAUCGAAAAGUACGAGAGGUUGAAGAAGAAGUUCGCAAGUGGCUUCUAG